AUGUCUUUUAUACAACAAAAUAAGGUGGCGGUUGCUGUUUCCGCUGUUGUUGGUAUCGGUACCCUUGCAGGUAUCGUUUAUUAUUUAAACAAAUCAUCAUCCACUUCACCAGAUGCUAAAGGAACAAAGAAGAGUAAGAAAAGAAGCCCUAAAAAAAAGAAGAACAGCAAGGCAUCACAUUCCGGCACUGUUGUCGAGGAAGAUCCAGAGACCUGUAUUUAUCCAAUCAAUGAAUCUACCAAAUUGCCUGAAAUCGAUGAUGGUACCGUUGAGAAGUUGCCAGCUGCAGAAAAGGAAAAAUGGGCUUUAUCACUGAAAGAAAAGGGUAAUGAGUACUUCAAGGCCGAGCAAUAUGAAAAGGCUAUCACAUAUUACACUGAUGCAUUGAAAUGUAAGAAGGACCAUAUUUUCUAUGGAAACAGAUCUGCUUGUUAUUAUGCAUUAAAGGAAUAUGAAAAGGCUAUUGAAGAUGCGACCGCUGCGUUGGAAAUUAAGCCGGAUUAUUCAAAGUGCUUGUUAAGAAGGGCUCAUCUGUAUGAAGACGUUGGUAGGUUUGAAGACGCAGUUUUCGACUUAACUGCUUUAUCCAUCUAUGGUGGUUUAGCUGAUAAAUCGAGUGAAUCAUUGCUAGAAAAAGUUUUAGCAAAACAAGCCGACAAAAUGAACAGAGAAAUUUAUGCAGAUUUACCAAAGGAAUUACCAUCAUCUUCCUCAAUUUCUUCAUUUUUGGGUGCAUUUGUCAAGGAGGAUAUCGAUUUGGAUUUAUCUAAGUAUGCUGAAGCUAGUGGCUCUUACUUUUUAGCGAAAGCUUUGAACGAAUUAGCUAAAGAUACCGAUGAAGGGUAUGAUGAGGCAGAUAAUUUAUUCAACCAAUCUGUUGAGCAAUUUGAGAAAGACGGUUAUUCAGGUGAUGAUAAGAAGUUAGCUGCAAUAGCUUAUGAAUACAAAGGAAUCUUUGCAUUUUUAAAGACUCUUGACAAUGCAGCUGAGUUGGUGGAAAAGGCAUUAUCUAUUAAUGCAAGACCAAGAAUGUAUGUUGUUUUAGCUUUAAUUGCCGCUGAUAAGGGUGACUAUUUAACUGCAGACAAAAACUUUAACAAUGCAAUUGCAAUGGAUCCUAAUGACCCAAACAUUUACUACCACUAUGGUCAGGUGUUUUAUUUGAUGGGUGAUUUGAUUAAGGCAGAAAAGAAUUUUGAAAAGGCUAAAGAAUUAAAUCCAAAGAAUGUCUUCGCUUAUAUCCAAUUAGCUUGCAUCACUUAUAGACAUAACGACUUUUCAAAAUGUUUGGAAUUGUUUAAUGAAGCUAAGGCAAAGUUCCCUACCGCUCCAGAAAUUCCAAACUACUUAGGUGAGAUUCUUUUUGAUAAAGGUGACAUUGAUGGUGCUACCAAACAAUUUGACGUUGCAAUUAAACUACAAGAAGUUGUUCCAGGCAACAAUGUUGGUGUCUUACCUUUGAUUAAUAAGUCUGUCAUUUAUCAGAAGUCUAGUCAAUUCCAAGAAUGUAUCAGCUUGUUGGAGAAGGCUGUGAAGGUUGACCCAAGGUCUGAAAUUGCUUGGACUAACUUAGGUCAACUCUAUUUGAUGUUACAAAGAGUCGAGCCUGCCCAAGAAUGUUUUGAAAAGGCAUGUGUUCUGUGCAGAUCUUCUGAAGAUAGAAAGCAAAUUAUUUCUUUAUUGGAAUCUGCAAAAAUUCAACUAAAAGUUCAAAAGGAUGAAUCCCUAAGCAAGAAAGUUAAAGAAAUUAUGUCACUAUACAGUGCUCAAGCUUAA